AUGGCCACCACAGUAAAGCUCGGUCAAACAUUCGGGGGUAAACUAGGCCUUUAUACAGUUACGAAACAACUGCAUGACUGCAUCUGGCUAGCAACGAACCAGAACAAGGAGAAUGUAGUGGUUAAGAGUGUCAACCAUUUUCGCCUGCAAAACGAACGAGAUGUUCUACUUCACUUCAAAAACCAGACGCCAUUCAUCCGCCCGCUGCUUGAUGAGAUUGCAACCGCCGACAGCCCCCCGGGUCUUGUUUUGAGAUACCUGGACGACGACAUCCUCCAAGCUUCCAACGCCCAGCGCCUCACGCGUCCCGAAGUUCAAUACGUUGCUCAAAGGGUGCUGGAAGCGCUGGCUGCCUUGCAUAAUGAAGGCUUUGUCCAUACAGAUGUCAAGCCUAGUAACAUUCUUGUGAAUUAUGGGCCUGGUGAAAUUCGGUUUAAGGAUGUCCAACUAGCUGACUUUGGGAGCACUGUCUCCAUGGAUUCCUCCUAUGCCCAGGAUGGAGACCAUAUAGGAACACCUAUUUUCAGAAGUCCAGAAGCCCAUCUGCAAAUGAGCUGGAGUACUGCAACUGACAUCUGGUCCUUUGGUGCAACGGCAAGUUUCCAAUACCUCUUCUAG